CGGGGGUGGUUCUCCCCUCGCCGCCCUCCUGCUCGGGCUGCUCCCUCCCCGUGGGGCGCAGGGAGGCGAGCCCGCCCGCCCGGGAUGCCAUGGCUCCGCCGGGCUCCGCGCUGCCCGCCUGCCUGCUGGGGCUGCUGCUGCUCGGCUGCUGCGGAGAUCUUGGCCAUUCCUCCGAGCUGGCAUUCGUUGUGGAGCCAAGCGAUGACAUAGCUGUGCAGGAGCAACCCUUGAUCCUCUACUGCCAGGUGGAGGGCAUCCAGCCCAUCACCAUCACGUGGCGGAAGAACGGGGCACUGAUAGUGGACAGUGAGAAUGCCUUCAUGUUGUCCAAUGGGUCGCUCUACGUCUCCCGCUUCCAGAGGCUCCGGGGAGAUGGGUCCUCGGAUGAAGGCGAGUACGACUGCAUGGCACAAAACCACUACGGGCUGCUGGUGAGCAGGAAGGCCAAGAUUCAGGCAGCAACAAUGUCCGACUUCCACAUCCACCCUCAGAACGCAGUGGUGGAGGAAGGUGGUGUCGCGAGAUUCCAGUGCCAGAUCCAUGGCUUGCCAGAGCCGGUCAUCCUCUGGCAAAAGAACCGCAUGCCAGUCAACACAGACAACGAAAGGUACACGCUGCUUCCGAAGGGAGUCCUGCAGAUUACAGGACUGAGGGCAGAAGACAGUGGGAUUUUUCACUGCGUUGCUACCAAUAUUGCUAAUGUGAAGUUCAGCCGGGAGGCCAGGCUCACUGUGUCAGGCUCCCACUCCACCGUCUACAAGGACCCCAUGAUACUGGUGGGCCCGGAGAACCUCACGCUGACGGUGCACCAGACUGCAGUGCUGGAGUGCAUCGCAACCGGCAACCCCCGGCCCAUCGUCUCCUGGAGCCGCCUAGAUGGCCGCCCCAUUGGCGUGGAGGGGAUCCAGGUGCUGGGCACAGGAAAUCUGAUGAUCUCGGACCUCACCGUGCAGCAUUCCGGCAUCUACGUGUGUGCUGCGAACAAACCCGGCACGCGGGUGCGAAGGACAGCGCAGGGCAGCCUCAUUGUACAAGCCCCUGCAGAAUUUGUGCAGCAUCCCCAGUCCAUUUCCAGGCCUGUGGGGACUACUGCCAUCUUCACGUGUGUGGCCCAAGGGGAGCCCCCACCCCAGAUCACUUGGCUGAGGAAUGGGCAGAUCCUGGAGACCAGUGACCACAUUAAGCUGAAGAAUAACAACAGCACGCUCUCCAUCUAUGGGAUCAACCAGGCGGAUGAAGCCAUCUACCAGUGCAUCGCCGAGAACAGCGCCGGCUCCACGCAAGCCAGCGCUCGCCUCACGGUGCUGUGGGCAGAUGGGCUGCCCGGUCCUCCUCAGAGCGUGAAGGCUGAGACCGUCUCUGCCACCACCAUCCAGGUGUCCUGGACAGAACCUCUGCAGAACACCAAGGAGAUCAUCGGCUACGUGCUGCACAUUCGGAAAGCUGCAGAUCCUGUAGAGAUGGAGUAUCAAGAGGCUGUUAGCAAGAGCACCUUCCAGCAGCUAGUGACUGAUUUAGAGCCCUCGACCAGCUAUAGCUUUUAUAUAAAGGCUUACACCUCCCGGGGUGCCAGCAAAGCCUCGGAAGUCACAGUGGUGAGCACGCUGGGAGAAGUCCCAGCCAUGCCAUCCCUCUUUAUUAAAGUCAUUAACAGCACGGCCGUCCAGGCGACGUGGGAGCCCUCCAUCAAACUGGGCCAGCAUGAAGGCUUCAAGCUGUAUUACCGCAAGGUCCACCUCUCCCAGUACACAGGUCCAGUGCUACUGCCCAGCAAUGUGACAGCCUACAACAUUACCCACCUGGAUGCAUCAGUGGUGUAUGAAGUCAAGCUCCUUGCCUAUAACCAGCACGGAGAUGGAAAUUCAACUGUCCGCUUCGUGUCCUUGAGGGAAACUGUGGAGAGGACAGUGCUGAAUCCCCCGUGUGACUGCAUGAAGGAUGAGCAGAACAAUAAAACCUCCACAACCGGCAUCAUCAUUGGGAUCCACAUCGGUGUCACAUGCAUCAUAUUCUGCAUCCUCUUCCUCAUGUUUGGGUACAGAGGAAGGCUGCUGAUGUGCAAAAACGUGCAGGAGCAGCUCUCGACACCACAGAUCCCCAGGAGCCAGCGGAGCACCUCAGGCCUCGUCCUGAAUGGGGCUGCUCGCAGGGACAGGGACGACCGGGACUUGAAUGGAAAGCAGUUGGAUAUGAAUGAGCUGGAGAGGUUAUUCCCAGCAUCCCCAUCCCAGGAGCAGCAGGAUAAGGGCAUAACGGUGAGUCCAGCGGGAUCAGAGCACCCCUGGGUGUGUCUAAGGGCAUUGGUGACCUGCCACCCAUCACUGCAUUGUCCCUUCUCUCUCUGCAGUCGGCUCCACCAGCCCCCCAUGAUGAAACCCAGAUAACCACACUCCCUCUGGAUGAGUUCAGCAUCAUCGAGGAGCAGCCAGACCCGCUGGGCGAUCCCAGUGCUCCAGCUUCUGACCAUCAUCCUGCCAAUGAAGGAUAAAACUGCCAAGACUCAAACCCUCUUGUAG